AUGAUCAAACCGGAACAGAGAUUCUUCUCCGAGGGCCAGUGCUACUUUGGCACCAGAGAAAACCCCAAGACCGAAACCCACUGUAAUGUCUGGGACUGGGAUCAACUGCGCAUGAUCAAGGUCAAAGGCACAGCCAAGCUCUUUCCACCAGAAGAGGACGUCGAGAUUCCAGUUCUGACACAAUUUGUUGAUUCCCUCUCACCAGAGGUCCGCGCGGUGACAGUUGACGACGAUGGGCUCCUUACUGGAAUCUCUACAGAUCCGGAAGAGGACGAUACCGUGUUUAUCGGAUAUCUGCCCUUUUCAAGUGUUGAAUCACUCGCCGGUUGCCGUGUAAUCCAGCACUCCAAACUUCAAGAGCUGGAUCGCCUUGGGCCAGGUGUGGACCUCUCGUCAUAUGAUGAUGAUGAAUCCGGAAAGCCUCAAAAGGUUGUCUUCAAAUUUAACGCCAUGGCAAAACCGCGAAGACUGAAGAUGGCCUGGGAUGAACUGAAAGUUUACAAAAGCCUGCCACCGCAUCCCAAUAUCCUACCACUUGAUCGCGUUGUGCUUGAAGAUGUCGAGUCUCGCGUGAUUGGAUUCACAACAAAGUUUAUUGCUGGUGGAACGCUUGUCGACAAUCUCGAGGCCCCCUUACGGUUCGAGUGGCUACAGCAGCUUAUACAAGUCGUCGAUUUUCUCAACCUGGAACUGGGGAUUAUGCAUCAAGACAUUGCACCCCGGAAUCUGUUCAUUGACCCUGACACUGAAAAGCUGCUGCUUUUUGACUUUGACUGGGCUGCAUCUGGGGAAAAGGGCUUGAUGGAGGGACGAGAUGACGUGACUGCUGUUGUUUUCACGCUGUAA